AACAGGAAGAUCUUGGUGUACAGUGUCACCCAGGCGACUGGGAGCCGCGUCCUGCUCUGGGACUGAGCCGCUGAAGCUGCCCCGCUGACCGCACGGGGCUGACCGCAACUAGCUGACCACACCCCUCACUCCCCUGGCCCUGGUAGACGGCGGGCACCAUGGCGCAGACGGACGUGCUACUGACCAAAGAGCCUGCCCCGCAGACGGUGCCGCCCUGCGAGCUGCCCUGCAAAGUGUCCGAGGUGGCUCGCAACACGGGCGCCUACACGUCCUCUGGCCUGGCCACCGCCGGCUUCCGCACCGCCAAGUACCUGCUGGAGGAGUGGUUCCAGAACUGCCACGCGCGCUACCACCAGGCCUUCGCGGACCGCGACCAGUCGGAGCUGCAGCGGCACGAGAGCCAGCAGCUGGCGGCGGAGACCCAGGCGCUGGCGCAGCGCACGCAGCAAGACUCCACGCGCAGGGUGGGCGAGCGGCUGCAGGACACGCACGGCUGGAAGUCGGAGCUGCAGCGCGAGGUGGAGGCGCUGGCCGCGGAGACCAACCUGCUGCUGGCCCAGAAGCAGCGGCUGGAGAGCGCACUGGACGCCACGGAGGUGCCUUUCUCCAUCGCCACUGACAACCUGCAGUGCCGCGAGCGCCGCCAGCACCCCAACCUCGUGCGCGACCACGUGGAGACGGAGCUGCUGAAGGAAGCGGAGCUUAUCCGGAACAUUCAGGAGCUGCUGAAGAGAACCAUCAUGCAAGCUGUGAGCCAGAUCCGGCUGAACCGGGAGCACAAGGAGACCUGCGAGAUGGACUGGUCGGACAAGGUGGAGGCCUACAACAUCGACGAGACCUGCGGGCGCCUCCACACCCAGAGCACCGAGGUGCAGUCUCAUCCGCACUCCACCUCCUUCCAGGAGAGCGCGUCCACGCCUGAGACCUGGGCCAAGUUCACUCAGGACAAUCUGUGCCGCGCCCAGCGCGAGCGCCUGGCCUCGGCCAACCUGCGGGUGCUGGUGGACUGCAUCCUGCGCGACACCUCCGAGGACUUGCGGCUGCAGUGUGACGCCGUGAACCUGGCCUUCGGGCGCCGCUGCGAGGAGCUGGAGGACGCAAGGCACAAGCUGCAGCACCACCUGCACGAGACGCUGCGGGAAGUCACAGACCAGGAGCACAACGUGGCAGCGCUGAAGCAGGCCAUCAAGGACAAGGAGGCACCUCUGCGAGUCGCCCAGACCCGGCUGUACCUGCGCUCGCACCGGCCCAACAUGGAGCUGUGCCGUGACGCGGGCCAGUUCAGGCUGGUGAGCGAGGUGGAGGAGCUGAACAUGUCCCUCGCAGCGCUGCGGGAGAAGCUUCUAGAAGCGGAGCAGUCCCUGCGCAACCUGGAGGACACCCGCAUGAGCCUGGAGAAGGACAUCGCCUCCAUGACCAACAGCCUCUUCAUCGACCGCCAGAAGUGCAUGGUCCAUCGCACCCGCUACCCCACCAUCCUGCAGCUGGCCGGCUACCAGUGAGCAGCUAGCACAGCACUUCCCCCAUCCCCCAAAUAAACAGCACGUUAGCUUUC